AUGAGAGGGACCGAGGACUGGCUCCACAUCGGAUCCCGUGUGAAGGACAGGUACCCGGACUUCGGUCCCAAUCACCAGUGGAAGAAUGGCUUCGAUGCGAUCGUCCGUUAUUAUAAUGCUAGCCUCCCAGCCACCAACGUCAAGCUCAGCAGCCCAGUGUGCCGGAUCCUGUGGGACGAGAAGGACGACCGGGUCCUUGUGGUGACGAGGAAGGGCGACUCCUACCUCGCCGCCCACGCCGUCGUCACCUUCUCCUUCGGCCACCUGAAGGAGAGACACACCAAGAUCUUCGAGCCGCCGCUGCCAAAGUCCUUUACUAAAUAUCUAGGAUACGCUGACUUGGGCAUCGCCGACAAGGUCCAGCUCGGUUGGGAGACCCCGUGGUGGGGCGACAAACCUCUCAGCCUCGACAUCAUCUGGACCUCCAGGGACAUUCCUCAGGACAGGCUGUGGCUCUACGACAUCGUGAACAUAGAGAGCCCACACCGAGCGCCCAACGUCCUACAGGUGUUCCUCGUGGGAAAAGACGCCGUCACGAUGGAAAACCUGCCCGAAGAGACGGUUCUAGAACACAUGAUGUACUUCCUCAGGAGAAUCACGCGCACAGAGGUCCCAAAACCCAUUUUCUUCCACAGAACAACGUGGUACAACAACCCAUGGACGCGCGGAGCCUACGAGACCUACAUCACCUUCUGGGGCGAGCAACAGGGCAUGGAGAGUCACGACCUGCUGGCCAUCCCGAUCGCCAAUUCCAACGGCGCUGAGGUGCUGGCGUGGGCGGGCGAGCACACCCACAACGCGCGCUUCGGGACGACCGACGGCGCCAUAGCCACGGGCGAGCGGGAAGGCUACAGGAUUCUCGACUUGCUCGAAGCGAAGAAGCUCUAAGAGCGAAGAUUUUCCCCAUUUCUCUUUCUUUCGUUAUGUGGUGUGCCUUCUUUAUUUCUCUCUACAGCAAAGCAUCGAUUUUUUUCUGAUGCCUGUGACGACCGCCAUGGAAUAUAUUUCUUGCCUUUCAUCGUUUGCUUCUUAUUCCAAGAUCUUGCCAUUCUUGGUCUAUGAGGAAGGAUGAAGGAGUUAGGCGAGAUAGUCCAGACAUCUGUCUCUGUAUCUUCCAUCUCUGUCUCUUUCUUCUUUAUGAGAAAGGGAGAUAAAACGAAAGGGGAACUGAAAAGAACAACAAAAAUAAGUGCUGCCAUUUUGUAGGUAAAUAAAACAUUUGUCCUGCAAGCAAAGAAGCAAAAUUGUCUAAUUUAGAGACGAU